ACAACCAGCAACAGUUAAAGAGUUGUUUAGAUGUGUUGACCAGUAUGGGUAGAUGGAAACUGUGGUUUGAUCUGCUUCUGCUGCUGUUCUGUACAGGCACAAAAGCUGUUCAGGAGCACCAUGUGAAAACCAUUAGUAAAGAACCAGAUGUGACUCCACUGUGCACCAAUAAAACAAUGCAAGUUAUCCUGCUGAUAGUGUGUAAGAUUCAAACAGAGAGGAACAGAGGAGAAAACUGUAGUUUGAUAUAUCGACAUGGACACAACUUUGAGCAUGGAUGUGACUCCAGGUUCACAUUGAUGACAGAAAAUCAGACUGUGUUUCUCAACCUGACAAAUUUAACACCAGAGGACAGCGGGAACUACACCUGUGAGUGUGUAUAUGAUGGAGGAACAGAUAAGCUUUAUCUCAGUGUAACUGUGAAAGAAUUUUUAAAUAAUGUAGACGGAGUCAAUCCCACCACGAACAGUUCAGCUGAAGUUCAUUUAAGAAGUUCAUUCUAUGCUGCAACUGGAUCAGCUGUAUGCAUCAUCACAUCUGGAGUUAUCCUUGGACUGGUCUACAGCAAAAAAUACCACAGAAGACGACAUGCGCCUAUAACCAUCUUUGAAAACACAGAACUGUACACGGUAAAAUGUUGCACGUUGAAUUUUUUCAUCAUGUGCAUUUUACUUUACUUUGGCUUCACUAUGACUCCGUGUUUUCUUUUGCAGCAAACAGAACCGAUUGAGCCAUACGAAGUGUUCAUGCAAACAGAGAAUUUAAUUUAUGAUCUCUAACUUUCAAAAUCAACAUGCAUGCUAUUUAUUUAAAUGUCUGAAUGUGUGAGGUGGUGUACAUUAAAGUGCAAUAUAUUAUUGUUAAUGUUAUCAUUAUUAUUAUUUCAUAACACAAAUUGAAGCAGAAGCUGCUGUAUACAAAUUAAUUUUACUUUGCUAGCUGUUUCACUCACUUGUGGUGAUAAUUAUAUGACUACAUGUUAUUUUAAUGUUUUAAAGUUUAUGUUUAAUGUUUGAAAAUUUGA